AUGGCCUCCCUCGCCGCCUCAUUCAGGGCGCUGUCCCUCGCGACCGCCCGCCCGCAAUGCUGCGCCGCCGCCGCCGCGAAGCUCGCUGUUGCUCGCUCCAUGCGCGCCAACAUGUCGACGGUGAUUAUGACGAGGCAGCCGAUGGCCAAGACGGGGGCGCUGUUUGCGAAGAAGAGCGGCGCUGCUGCUGUUGCGGGCGCGGUGGCGCAGCAGACGAGGGGGAUGAAGGUACAUUCUUCGGUGAAGAAGAGGUGUGAGCACUGCAAGAUCGUCCGCCGCAAGGCCGGCAAGCGACACAACGGAUACCUCUACGUCAUCUGCAAGGCGAACCCGAGACACAAGCAGCGCCAGUCGUAG